AUGUCCAAAUUGGCGCCAGUACAUGAGAUGACCGAGUCCAAUGGCUUGAGUCCAUCUCCAUCUCCAGAGAACAAACAACCCAUGAACUCUCCACGAGAUUGGUCCUUUGCCCGAAAGACCUUGAUAUUCAUGGCGCUGAUGUCGAGUUCCAUUCUGGCCGAUGGGUACCUAUCCUCCAGCCCAAUUGUGAUCGGGACUGACGGAACUAGGGCGAUGGUCUGGGGUUCAACGCUGAUUACCCAACAAGCGAUUGAUUGGGAUAUUACUGUGAAUCACUCUGCAACCAGCAUGAACUAUGGAAUUCUUCUUCAGGGAUUCGGUGGAAUAAUCGCAGUCCCGUUGGUUGAAGCAUAUGGACGGUACGUGCCAUGUGGUGCCAUGUGGUCCACGUGGAUUGUUUGGAAUUGGACUGAUCAUGUUAGAUUCCCAAUCUGGAUCUGGCCUCAGGUUAUCACAAUGUUGAUGGUCCUGGGCGCGACACUGUCCACAGAUUAUGCCACGUUUACCACUUUUCGCUCGCUGCAGGGGUUAUUCGGAACUAUCCCUCAGGUGAUAGGACUGCCGCUUAUCCAUGACAUAUAUCAUCCUCACGUUGGUCCGUUCUUGGGUCCGGCUAUAGCGGGCUAUAUCGGUGCUGGUACGAACUGGAGGGUUUCCUUUGGGGUCUUGACGGCACUCUAUGGCUUGUCUACUGCAAUGGUACUUGCAUUCGGUCGAGAAACCUAUGCUUCAGGGAAACCUGGCUCGAGAGUCGGUUCAUACUUUGGGAUUGGGAAUACGGGUCUUCCGAAGCUGGCCACCAUUGCAGAUCAGUGCCGGAUGUUGUUUGUCUAUGUCUUCAAAUUCCCACUUUUCAUGACAGGUCUGACGGUCCUGGUUACAUUUACCUGGCCGAUCGGAAUCACUACCACCAUCGACACCUUUCUACACAGUCCUCCAUACCUCUUCAAUACAAUCGAGGCCUCGUCUAUGCGUUUUGCCGGUGUUAUUGGGGCUCUUUGUGGGUACUUGGUUGGGAACAUCUUCAACGAGUGGAUCUACCGCCGCCACUCUCACAACUGGCGCACCGAGUAUCGGCUUCACGGAGUCUGGCUACCCGCAGGAAGCAUGGUGGCUGGCCUGUUGACAUAUGGGUUAACAAUGCAAUUUAGCAAGCACUGGAUUGGUAUUGCAUUCGGUUGGAUCAUGGUGAAUACCGGUCUAGUAGCAAGCAUUGUGGCGAUCACUGCAUACGCGUUGGAGAAGUAUCCAAAUCAAGCUACCUGUGUGUCGGCCAUUUUGAAUAUGUGGCGCACCUGUGGUGGAUUCUCCGUGGGUUAUUUCCAGCCGGCUUGGAUUGCGCGGAACGGACUGGGUGUGGUGUUUGGGAUCCAAGCAGCGAUUGUAAUUGUAGCGAUCAUCUUAACUAUUACCCCUGUAUUCAUACUGGGUAAUAAGGGGCGAUUGGAUGAGACUGAGCCGGAGGCGGUCGAAUGA